AUGAGGAGCAUCAAGGUAUUGCCAGAAUCUGUUAGAAAUUCUUUGCGUUCAGGCAUCAUUUUGUCAGACUUAACAAGGGUAGUAGAAGAGCUGGUGUUCAACAGCCUUGAUGCUGGUGCCACAAAGGUGAUUGUAGCAGUAGGUGUUGGGACCAACUACAUUAAAGUUACAGACAAUGGUUGUGGCAUUACAAGGGAUGGAUUGGUGUUGUUGGGAGAAAGAUACGCUACUUCUAAGUUUGAGCAGCUGUCUGGUCUGAACACUGUUCCAGAGAGUUUUGGCUUUCGUGGGGAAGCAUUAAGCUCAAUUUCUGACCUUUCUUUGUUGCAAGUUGUUACAAAGGCUCAUGGAAUGCCAAAUGGAUACUGCAAGGUCAUAAAGUGUUCCAAAUGCUUAUAUCUAGGAAUUGAUGAUGAUAGACAAGAUGUUGGCACAACAGUUGUUGUUCGUGAUUUAUUCUACAACCAACCAGUUAGGAGAAGGCAUUUACAAUCCAGCCCGAAAAAGGUUCUUCACUCUGUUAAAGAAUGCAUACUAAGAAUUGCUCUUGUUCACCUUGGAACUUGCUUCAAAGUAAUUGAUACUGAAAGUGGUGAUGAGCUUCUUUCCUUGUAUCCUUCAUCUUCCCCUUUGCCCCUAUUGGUGAGUAGUUUUGGGACUGAAGUUUCCAGUUCUUUACAUAAGUUGGAUGAGUCUGAUGACAAAUUAAAGCUCUCUGGAUUCAUAUCUAGCCCUUGUGAAACUUUCUCUGUGAAGGCCUUCCAAUAUUUCUAUAUCAACUCAAGAUAUAUAUCAAGAGGUCCAAUACAUAAGUUGCUGAAUCAGUUGGCUACAGAAUCAGAGUUGUUGAAGGGUGACAUUAGAUCUGAAUGUGGAAAGAGGAGCAGGUGUCAGGCAUGUCUAACCUACAUAUUGAACUUAAGUUGUCCUCGAGCUCAUUAUGAUUUAAGUUUUGAACCCACAAAGACUUGUGCUGAAUUCAAGGACUGGGAUCCUGUAAUUACUUUCAUUAAGAAAGCCGUUUCAUGCUUUUGGAGUCAAGAUCCCCUGAAUGAUUGUGGAGUUCCAAAGAAGAGGCGUGUGACAUGGUCCCAUGAGACUUCUAUUGUCCUUUCCUCACCUCAAUUACAGAUGCCAACAGAAUCCAAACACAUAAGCCAUCUUUCAAAUGCCAAAUGGAAUCCAAACAACAAAUUACUUCUCAAAGAAUCGCCCCCUAUCCAAUUUCAUUUUGAUAAUCAUCUCAUAAAGCCCUUUCUGAGAAGCUGCUCCUCUCACUUAGAUCUGUCACCUGUUGUUACAAAAAUUCAAGAUGAUGAAUUUGAUAAUAUAAUUCAGGGUUCUGAAUCAUGGCUGGACAAAAAUACAACUGUUUGGUCACCUCCUAGAAUCAUCAUCAAUACUUCAAACUUGAGUGUAGACUCACCUUUUUUACCAAAAGAGUCAUUUGAUUCACUUCUGACUAAUGAAGACUGCUUUACAGAGAAUAAUAACAGUCCUUGGGAUACUCCAGUUGCAUCAAAGCAUCAAUCUGAUUGGUCUCCCCUUAUGUUUGAUGAAUCUAGAGAUGAUGUUGACUUCAAACUUCGCAGAGACGAUUGGUUUGACCUUUUUGCAGAUGAAGAAGGGGAGAAGGAUAUCUUUGACUUUGAUAACAUGAGAUAUAGCUCUUCUCAAGAGGGGUAUAUGAGUUGCAAAGGGCAUGUUAGGAACUCUCAAAAGGACACUCUUUUGUGUGAUUUCAUGAAUGGAAUAGAUUGGGCAAGUCCUGAAUCCUAUAUGUCAUCAUUAUCUUGUGGUGAAAGGGUAAAAAAGACAAAAGUAACUCAAUCUAGCUUUCAAGAUAAGACGCAGCAAAGAAGAAGAAGCCAUUCAGCUCCACCAUCUUACAGAGGGAAGAGAAAGUUUAUUGCUUUAAAUAGUCAGAUGAGUGUUAAAUCAGGGAACUCCCAAUUUGAGACACCUCAUAAUGCCUCUUUACAAGAAGCUAGUGAUCUGAGGCAUGUACAGAAAUCAUCAGGUGUAGAUCAUUUGCUACUGGAGGAGGGUGAGGGUCCCACUAAGGCUAGACACGAUAAGAAGAAAGUUAUUGAUAAAGCUGAGAUUUCAGAUUAUGAAGGGGAGGCUGCCCAUUGCCUUGAUGUAUUCAAUACAGAUUCAGACUUCACCUCAAGGGACAAUGAAGGUGCAUUAGAUUUUGGGGAAAAAUGGCGGAGGGGCUAUCCAUGGGAUUCAAAUAUAGAGAAGAAGGGUGAUGAGGAUAAAAUACUUGACAUAUCUUCUGGGAUAUUACACCUUUCUGGUGAUUCUCUUACACUUACACCCAAAUCUAUCAGUAAAAAAUGUCUGGAUGAUUCUAAAGUCCUUCAACAAGUUGACAAAAAAUUCAUUCCAAUUGUGGGUGGUGGAAUACUUGCUAUUAUUGAUCAGCAUGCUGCUGAUGAAAGAAUACGACUUGAAGAUUUGAGAAAAAGGUAA